AUGGUUUGCGAGAAAUGUGAGAAAAAAUUGGGUAUAACGGCUACUCCCGAUCCCUGGAAACAGGGAUGUCGUAAUGCCAUCGAUACCAAUUCAGUGAGUAAACAGGACAACAAACACCUACAGACUAUAGGAAAAAUCAAGACACUAUCCGGCUCCAAAGUAUCAUCGAAAUCUUCACUCAAGACCGGAUCAUCAUCGGUUAUGUAUUCAUUUGGUGCAUGCAGAAUAUGCAAACAGAAGGUACAUGAACCAGGAAGACAUUAUUGUCAGAGUUGCGCAUACAAGAAAGGUAUAUGCGCCAUGUGUGGCGUACGCAUAUUAAACAUUAAAUCUUACAAGCAAUCUGCUACUUGA